GCUAUAAAUUCGAGCAGUUGGUUUGCGCGUUAUUUAUCUUGUUGUCGUGACAGAUUCCAAACUUCGCAUUAAGAGAAAAAAAAACCAAACCUCCGUAACAGACCAAGAAACAUUUAUUUAUGACUUUAAAAAUUGAUCCGUACGAAUUAAGUUUAUUCAUUUGUCGAAAAGUGUAACAUUAUGGAUGAGAUUGGUCAUAAGCACAAAUUAAACAGUGAUACAGACGAUGAAAACUCAUACAUAAGCAAUAAACGAUUUAGAAAUUCUCCAACUGACGAAAAUUUAGACCCCUCUUCAUCUGUUGAUAAAAGUGAACCAUCUCGUCACCGUUUUGUAAACGUUAGAAGUACAACCAAAUCAUCACCACUAUCGUCGAUUUUGCACAGCGAAAUGGGCUUUGGUGUAUUGGAUUCGGACGAAUCGAAUCAAUCAUCACUUGUAAGCAGUGCCAUUGCAUCGUUCGCACCGCCAAGCUCAGCACUGAGUAUGAUUCCGCCGGACACGUCCGAUGAUUCGAAUAUCGAUGAUUCGGAUUUGGCGGAACCGUUCAGCGAAACGGAAAGUAAUAUUGAAAAUAUGAGUCAAAAUACAAUAAGCGAUGUUCAUUUGUCAUCAAAUGAAGCCAACUCAUUGCCAACACUUCAUGGAUCGGAGUCGAAAGAGAGCAAUUUACCAACUGAAAUGAAACAUGAAUCAUUCCAAGUGUAUCACGAUUUUACGCCAGCCAACUUGAUACCAUGCACACGGACAAGUUUCAGAGGUAUCAUCGAUUCAGUUGGGAAUGCAUCGAACGCUGGCCAGUCUACAUCAUUUGCCGGCGAUACAUUCGUCAAUCCACCCGAAGGCCGAGCUAUUCGUGGAAACACAAUGAAAAAAUUCCAGAAAGAAAAUUCGGAAUGUGACAGCCCAAUGAAGCAUAAGGGACGCAGCCCAUUGGCUGCAAUUGGAAAUGCAACACCAAUCCAAGUGACCGACUCAGAUGAACUGAAAAAAUCAUCAAAUAAUGAAGACUGUUUUUUCAUGUAUCAAAAACGCGAUCCACGACUCUAUACCGGCGAAGAUAAUUUUGCCAAGUUAUCCGAUGAAAUUUUACUGUCCAUUUUCAAAUGGCUUCCAAAAAAGACACUCAUCCGUUGCAGUCUGGUAAAUCAUCGUUUCAAUCGCGUUACUCAGGAUGAAUCGCUUUGGACGCGUUUAGAUUUGGCCGGAAAAUCCAUUCAACCCUAUGCUUUGGGCAGAGUUUUAAUGCGCGGUACAAUGGUUCUGCGGUUGGCACAAACCAAGAUUUUGGAGCCAAUAUUCGAUCCGUCUCGACUACAAAAAGAUUACUUAACAAAGCUGCAGUAUUUGGAUUUGAGUAUGGCAGUUAUUUUAACCGAUUCAUUGGUUCAGCUAUUUUCCAAGUGUCGGCAACUUCGCAAACUUAGUCUUGAACAUGUGCCAGUUAGCGAUGCCGUUUGCAAAGCAAUUGCACAAAAUCGAAAAUUAGAAGUGCUUAAUUUAACCAUGAGCACCGGCAUCACUCCGUAUGGGAUUAAAAAAAUACUGGGCUCAUUGAAAUGUUUGCACACCCUGAACAUUUCUUGGACAUCCUUGGAGACUGAAACCCUUCGUGAAUUUUCGAAUUAUGUUAAUGAAAAUAUGUCCCGACUGAAUAUCGCUGGUUGCCGAAAAACAAUGUCUGAUGACAUUUUGAAAAAGAUUGUAUCUCGUUGCCCACAACUGCGGGAAUUGGAUUUAUCCGACUGCACCACACUGACCUCACAAGCAAUCGAUAUUGUCGCCAAUUUCAAGCAUUUAGAGUAUUUGUCCCUUUCUCGUUGUUACAAUAUUAAUGUGUCGGCCUAUUUAGAAAUUGACAAACUGGAAUCGUUACAAUUUCUUGAUAUUUUUGGUGUACUGUCGGAGCAAGCGCUGACUAUUUUGAGUAGUAAAUUUCCCGAUGUAGGCAUAAAUAAAUUUAAGCAUUCAGCAGUAGCUAGACCUACAGUUGGCAGUCGACGCACCUCAAUUUGGGGCCUUCGAACGCGAGACUAAACACAAAAAAAUCCCAUACUUCAUGCACGAUACGAAUUCAUCGCAUUAUCGCAGCGAAACAAUCAAUUUGUAACUCUAAUUGAAAAAUUUCUAUAUUUUUUUUCUUUGUGAAUUUUGUAAUGAAUAUGAAUGAAUGAAUCAAAUAAAACUAUACAUACCUAUAUUAUAUUUGCGUGAAUAUAAAA